AUGUUCAUCCACGAAGAUCGCCUAUCCGACCUAUCGAUCACCAAACGGCGCAGGUUCAAAAAGCCUCAAGUUAAAAGAGACAAAUGCAUGGACUUAACUCGUUCGGUGUCUCUCGUCUUGAUCAUAAGCAAAUUCCUUGCUUGUUUGGCCGUCUUCGUACUGGUGGUGUGCGGUCAGGAUGCAAUCAAUCAACUUUUAGGAGUUACAGAAGACCAAGCCAUACCUUUGUAUGACCUUCCCGAUGCUAUACAGCGGACCAACGCGAUAAUCGCCUUCGAGGUGUGCAUGCUGUGUGCGUUUGGAAUUUACGGCUUUGCAACGCUGAACACCCACCUGCUUACCUUUUAUGGAACUAACGCACUCAUAAUCACAGGGAUCGUCUUCCUUAUUACCGUACUUCCGCAAGAUACCAGAGAUAUAAAUGUAAUAACGCUGUUCGAAAACUUCCGCGACGACAAAACAAAAGAGAGAAGGCUAAAUAUGUUCCAGAUUCAUUUUCAGUGUUGCGGUACCGAUUUCUACAAAUUUGAAGAUCUAGACGCGUUGCCUUCAAGCUGCUGUGGUCAAAAGAGGGUUGUCAGGUGUCAACCGGAAAAAGUAUUCCCACAGCUUUGUAAUACAUUUGUAGCGCAAGCUUGGACGUCGAUGAAAAGGAGGGAAAUCGAUGAAUACGUUAUAGUGAUCUUUGGUUCAGUUAUAGCGAUUAUGAUCCUUGAAGCUGUUCUUACUUUUGGAAUGAUUUAUCGUUUGAGAAAAAAAGCUAUGGAUAGUACAGAAAGCCAGAUGUCGAACAUAUCUAGUUAACGUAUUUUAUAAGUAUCGCAAUGUUGUUGUUUAACUAAGAAAUAAAUGCAUGCAUUGAUUA